GAAGCUACGGCCUCAUAGCCUUCCCCAUCCAGAGCAGAGACCAUAUAGCUGCCCUCAGCUGCACUGUGGCAAGGCUUUUGCUUCUAAGUAUAAGCUAUAUAGGCACAUGGCCACUCACUCGGCCCAGAAACCCCACCAGUGCAUGUACUGUGAUAAGAUGUUUCACCGAAAGGACCAUCUGCGCAACCAUUUGCAGACCCACGACCCCAACAAAGAGGCCCUCCACUGCUCCGAGUGCGGUAAGAAUUACAAUACAAAGCUAGGUUACCGUCGCCACCUGGCCAUGCAUGCUGCCAGCAGUGGUGACCUCAGCUGCAAGGUGUGCCUGCAGACCUUUGAGAGUACCCAGGCCCUGCUGGAGCAUCUAAAGGCCCACUCACGCCGGGUAGCAGGAGGUGCCAAGGAGAAGAAGCACCCCUGUGACCACUGUGACCGGCGAUUCUAUACUCGGAAGGAUGUACGACGGCACCUAGUGGUGCACACAGGCCGGAAGGACUUCCUAUGCCAGUACUGUGCCCAGAGGUUUGGCCGCAAGGAUCACCUGACACGCCAUGUCAAGAAGAGCCACUCACAGGAGCUGCUCAAGAUCAAGACAGAACCAGUGGACAUGUUAGGCUUACUCAGUUGCAGCUCCACAGUCAGUGUAAAGGAAGAGCUGAGCCCUGUGCUCUGCAUGGCUUCUCGGGACGUGAUGGGGGCCAAGACUUUUCCUGGCAUGUUGCCCAUGGGCAUGUAUGGUACCCACAUCCCUCCCAUGCCCAGUGCGGGCAUGCCACACUCCCUGGUGCACAACACGCUGCCCAUGGGUAUGAGUUACCCUCUGGAAUCCUCUCCUAUCUCCUCCUCAGCUCAGCUCCCUCCAAAAUAUCAGCUUGGAUCUACCUCAUACUUGCCCGACAAAUUACCCAAAGUGGAGGUGGAUAGUUUUCUGGCGGAACUUCCUGGAAGCUUGUCUCUCUCCUCUGCGGAACCCCAGCCCGCCUCACCUCAACCGGCGGCAGCUGCGGCCCUCCUAGAUGAAGCACUGCUCACCAAGAGCCCGGCCAACCUCUCUGAGGCCCUCUGCGCUGCUAAUGUGGACUUCUCCCACUUACUGGGCUUUCUGCCGCUCAACCUGCCCCCAUGUAACCCGCCAGGGGCCACGGGAGGCUUGGUCAUGGGCUACUCCCAGGCUGAAGCGCAGCCUCUGCUCACCACUUUGCAAGCUCAGCCUCAAGAUUCCCCUGGAGCUGGGGGACCUCUGAACUUUGGGCCUCUGCACUCCUUGCCUCCUGUCUUCACCUCUGGCCUGAGUACUACCACCCUGCCUCGUUUCCAUCAAGCAUUCCAGUAGCCCCACGGAGGUACUCCCACUCAGUCUUUGGUUCUGCCUGGGAAUCUUAAGUACCCACCCCUUCCACUUGCCCCAUGAAGGCAGCUGAGCUUUCAGAGUUGGGUUCAAAAAGAAAAUUCCAAUGUUUAUGUGGAUGGAGCACUUGGUUUGGGGGUUCAGGCUCCAGGAUCAAUUCCAGAGGGAGCCUUGAGCCCAGCCUCCUGAACGAUCUAUCAUAGGACUUUCAGGUAUUUUUACUUUUAAUUUUUAAUCUGAACUGGGAGCCACAUUUAGCCCUCUGUCUCUCCAGAGCAUCAGAACCAUUUUCUCUUUGGAGAAGGCGAAGGAAGCCUCUUGAAGGCAUAGAGGGUUUCACUUUGUAUGACCUCAAGAGAAAUAGCCCCAGAAGCCCGCCUUCUGGUCCCAGCCUACAGACUCCACAGCAAUCGGUUGGUCAGUACCUGCUGGAAGGUUUCUGGACUCUUAUCACCUGCUUCCAGCUACCAGGCAGGAAAGAGGGCAUCUAUUCCUCUCAACCACCCCAUCCCCACUCUACCAGCAGCCCCGUUUUCAGUGUUGUCCAGCAACGGUACCGUUUACACAUUCGCCUCAGACACACCAUUUCACCUCCCUUGCCACACUGUUAGCCUUAGAGUGAUUGCAGUGAACACUGUUUACACACCAUGAAUCCAUUCCCACCAGUCCCAUUUCAGUUGCCACCAGCCUGCACCACUUGGUACCUGGUGUUAACUGGAGCCCUGUUUACAAGGCGGAGUUGGGUCUUGCUGACUUCUCUUCACUUGAGGUCACAUUUUUCCCCUGUGGGGAAAUAAACUGACUUUGGACUGCUUCA